AUGCUAAAUACGGUUUUCGCACGCGAAGGACUGCCCAAUGAAAUUGUCACUGACAACGGAGUACAGUUUACUUCAUCUGAGUUUGAGAACUUUCUGCACAAUUGCGGAAUCAAACACUACAAGUCAUCGCUUUACUACCCAAGGGCAAAUGGGGAAGUAGAGCGUUGGAAUAGGGUUCUCAAACAGACCCUACAGCUUGCUUCACAGGAGAGGAGAGGGUGGAAAGAGGCAGUUGUAGAACUACUCACUGCCUAUCGUUCAACGCCACACCAGACAACAGGGAAGUCACCAUCCGAACUACUGCACAAUCGGAAGCUGAUCACGCGUAUGAACAUUCGCCACGAUAAACCACAGCAGCAGGAUGAUGCUGAACUUCGCAGUCGUGUUGCUCAGAGACAGGAAAAAUCUCGCAACUACACUGACUCAAAGCGUGGUGCGGUUAAUCCAAAGUUCAAGCCAGGAGACUUUGUACGCGUGAAACGACCAAACAAAGGGACAACCAAAUUCUCUACUCCACAGAAGAUUGUCAACACUAAGGGACCAUUUACUUAUGUGUUAGAGGAUGGAAGAGUCUGGAACGCUUCAAAGCUAAGUCUAUGCCCUGUAGAAUUUAUGGCUCAGGGUUCAAGCUCAAAUGGCAUUCAAAAUUCCACAGCAGAAAACAAGCCUGUGGCCGGGGAUGGUCAAGUUCGACAUUCAACCAGACCUCGAAAUCCCCCAGUGUGGUCAAAAGAUUAUGACAUGUAG